AUGUGGCUCCCAAACCGUAUUCCCGUGCCCCUGCGGCCUGCUGCUACCGGCGAUUCGCCUGCCAUCAGCAAACUGGUGCCUAGAGAGUCGAAUUCCUCUUCUACCACCAUCUUCGUCGGUGUUGGGUCAGUUUUGUCUGUGCUCAUCCUCGUCUUCUCGAUCUACUGCUUCUCGCGGUACAAGAAACGGUCGAAAUCGGAACGGGGCGCAUACCAGCAAGCCUCGGACGGCGAAUCCCUCGACGCUUCCGGCUCCCGAAGGAGGGCACAUGAUGGCCGCUCUGACCCAGAAACCAACGAGAAUACCGCGACAUCACAAAUAGACAGGAAUACGUCGAUCCGGUCGGUAAUGACCCUGCCUCCUUAUCGCACGAAAGCAAUCGAAACCGAGCAGGUCAUCGGCCGUGAGGGCGAGCGUGACGGGAUCGACAUUGUGAUAGAGUGCCCCACCACCGAGGACCUAGAAAGCAUGCGGGACGAAGAGAUGGAGGCGUUAUUCCAGAUCCGAGAGGCGAGGAGGCGGGAGAACGCAGCACGGGACGAGCGACGGCGUUUAACCCGGGAGGCUAGGGAACGCGGGGACACGGCCGCGCUGGGCGAGCUAUCGGCUCAGCGACGAGCUGCUCUCAACAGUACCGUCGUGGAGGAGUUGCGCGACGCCUACGGACAAGUAAAGGAGCGGCGCCAACGUGCCGUCUCUAGCGUUAGUUAUCACGAUCUCGGCGUCGCUCAGCUCAACGGCACCAGGGUCCGCGCAAACAGCCACGAGGGCGAACGGGUCGGACUGCUUUCCGACGCGGCCAGCAUCGCUGCAUCUACUCGAUCACCUUCGGCCCUGUCGCACCGCCGCGACCGAAGUGCGAGCUCCGUUCUGAGCCUCGAUACCGAUAUUCCGUCACCGGGAUUGAGAUCCGCAACCUCGACGCCUCGGCUGGGGAGCAGUAGCCACACCCGCGCAGGGUCGAGCCCCGAAAUCAUUGGCGAGGAGGACUUGGGCGACUCCAUGAUGCCUCCGCCAGAUUACGAGGACGUGAGCCUAGAUGACGUGAGAUCCGGGGCGACGACGCCGUUAUUUAAUGAGCCUCCACCCCACUAUACUCACCAGUCUCACAGCCCCGAGCGAAGGCCGAGCGCGUGGGCUGGAGGCGAUAGCAGAGACGUCUCACCUACGGAUAAUUCAGGUGACGGUGGCUCGGCAAGCUCAUCGAGGGGGGUUGGAGGCGCGCCACAACUGCCCAGCCUGCGGAUCGGGAAAUUGCCGCAAAUUGUUAUCGAACCUUCAACGGCGCACCCGAAUGACACCGACCGACCCUGA